GGACUUUAUAUCCACCAAUUUUAAUUGGAACGUGUACAGCUUUUGGAGUGUUUAGCCUUUGUCAUUAGUUAAGGAAACCUAGAACGAAAACAAAGCAGUAUGAAACAAGAACUCGACUAUCGCAAUAAAUUCAUCCUCGCGCCGAUGGUACGUGUAGGCACGCUACCAACGCGAUUACUAGCCCUCGAGUAUGGUGCUGAUUUGGUAUAUACUGAAGAAAUCAUCGACUGGAAAUUGUUGAGAGCGGAACGUCGAAUUAAUGAUGUACUGGGCACGGUCGAUUAUAUCGACACCACCGACGGGACUACUGUAUUUCGCACCAGCCCAGAGGAAAAGGGAAAAGUUAUUCUUCAAAUUGGUACAGCAUCAGUCGAGCGGGCGACUGCUGUAGGACAGAUGCUGCAGCAAGAUGUGGCCGCUAUUGAUGUGAAUAUGGGAUGCCCGAAAGAUUUCUCCAUCAAGGGCGGUAUGGGUGUUGCGCUUCUGUACGAUUUGCCUAGAGCAAAGGCUAUCCUCGAGGGGCUGGUGCGGUCGGUCACCAUACCUGUUACGUGCAAAAUUCGCUUGCUGCCAAACAUUGAUGACACGAUACACCUAGCGCGGGAACUAGAAUCCACCGGGAUUAGUGCAAUAGCGGUGCAUGGUCGAACAAAGACGGAACGACCACGGGAUCCAGUAAAUGAAGCCGCAAUUGCUCGAGUGGCUGAAGCUUUGGAGAUACCAGUGAUAGCUAACGGUGGUUCGCAGUCUAUUAUGCGGCGUAACGAUAUACUGAAGUUCGCCAAAAAAUGUGGCACUAGCAGCGUAAUGGUAGCAAGAUCGGCCGAGUGGAACGUUUCAGUAUUCCGACCGGACGGCCCGCUUCAGCUUGAAGACGUGAUUCGGCGAUACCUUACGUUGUCUGUCCGCUAUGACAAUUCUCCUUCUAAUACGAAAUAUUGUGUUCAGAUGAUGCUGCGCAGUCUGCAGGAAUCACCAAUCGGUCGACGGUUGCUUGACAGUCAAACAAUGCAACAGAUUUGCGACAUUUGGGAUCUGGGUGAGUAUUGCCGCCAAACUCAGCUCACUUACCAUGACGCCGGUAUCAAGGGAAGGCGUACUUGUCGGCCUCGAUAUCUUUCUGGAAAUGAAAAUAUAGAAGUCGACGAAAUCGAAUGCAAGAAACUGUGUCUCAACGUGGUUGGUAAUGGGGAUCCAGUGAUCGAAGAGAACAUAUGCUUCAUACGCGCAAAUUUUACGAAAGAUACAGAAUUACCGAAGACGAAACUUUUUAUGUACGCUCGUCGAAAUGAGCUACAGUUGGCGCAAUACGAUGUGAUACAGAAAGACAAACUUUUCAAGGCCUUCAUCUAUUUCGAUGGCAAGCGAUAUAGCAGCACAUUUUGGGAGAAAAACAAACGUUAUGCCGAGCAGGCUGCCGCACUUGUUGCCCUUCUAAAGUUAGGCGUCGAGCGGCGCGAGGAACUUGUGAUGGAUGGUGCAAUGAUGAUGGACACGAAAGAGGAAACGAUCGAGGGACUACCUUGUUCCUUCAAACCAGAGAAGCCAUCUUAACAUAGCACUUAAGCUAUGUUGUAAAAGCGAACCACACUCGAAAUAGCACGAUGAGCAAUGAACGCACGUGGAACGUGAACAAGCAUCACUUGCUUUGAAACGAAGACAUAA